AUGGAGGGGAGGGACGAGGAAGCCGCAGGAGCGGCGCUGCUGCUUUACGAGCGGGCCCAUUUCCGGCACGACCCGCGGUGGCUGCUCUCCGGGCCGCCGCGCCUCUGCCUGGCCUGUGCCCUGGAGCUGCUGCAGCCCUCGAGUGGGGUCUCGCUGGUGCGCAAGAAACACAUGCUGUCCUGCCUCCAUGAUGCCCUCCUGAGGCACACCAGGGAGGUCACACAACUUUUCGCUCAGAAUGAGAUGGUCUGCAUCCGCCUCAUAGACAUUCUUUUUGGACUACUUCGCAGCAUAGAUGAUGGCAGUGUGCUGGAAUUCACUAUUCAAGUCCUUGUUCAGCUUCUCAUCCAACCAAAGCUGGAGCCGUAUAUUCACUGCUUGCUGGAAGAGUGUCAGAAAGAGCUUUGUAAGAUGCCCACCAUGGAGGGCAGCCUGGCCAUUGUGACUCUUCUGGGAAAAAUGGUGGAUGCCAUCCCUUCUCUUGCUGAGAUCCUUGUGGUAGAACAUGGUAACCUCGUGGAGCAUCAGUUGAGGGGUCUGAUGUACCCCAAUGAGGCAGUGAAGGCUGCAGUCUGCUAUCUGUAUGGGAAGCUAUAUUCCUCUCCCACUGUGGCAGAGAAACUCUCAGGCCAUUUCAGGGAGAAGCUGUGUCCCCUCUUUCUUACCACACUGGAUAACGCCCAGACAAAGGAGCUGCAGGUUAACUGCAUGGGUUUGCUGAGACAGCUGCUGAAAUAUGACCCUUUCGUGUCUGUUAUAAUGAGCACGUCAGGGGAGGCGGGGAUUUCUGAGAACGCUGAGCUGCCACCCAAAGAAAGCACCCUCCCCUUAGUGCUGAAAAAGCUGCUGAUGUCCAGAGACGAAAUCUUGCAGGUGGCCAGUGCGCACUGCAUGGUGGGUGUGCUGGUCCAUUCUCCUGGGAAGUAUGCCCAGACCUUCAUCUACGCAGACAUUCCAGAGUUCCUGUUUGAGCAUCUCUCAUGCACCAACGAGGUCCUCCUCUGGCCUGUGUACAGCUGCUUGUUGCUCCUGACUGAAGAGCGCCUCUUCUUCUCCAAGUGCCACGCCGUGUAUGGGAUUGAGUCGCUGGUACGGAGCCUGAAGGGAAUCUUGCAGCUGAACAACUCUGAACUCCUGAAGCAGGGUCUGCUGCUUUUCAAAGAGAUCCUGAAGCGGCAGCCAGAGGAGAUCAAACUUUUUACCAACUCGGCCACCUGCAAAGAUGCCAUUUGGGUUCUCCGGGAGGCAAUCGGCAGCUGUGUUCAGGAGGUUGUGAUGGAGGCGAUCAAUGGUGUGGCAGCUUUUUUCAGGAUGGACCACCUGAGUUCACCUCCUGUGCCGUAUGGAGAGCUCCAGGCCUUGGUGCAAACCCUGCUGACCCGUUGUGCAGACCUGGUGCUGCCUGUGAGCAGGAGGCCUCUGCCUCUCCCAGGGGGUCACCCAUCGAGCCGAGGUCCUGGCAGAACUGGGCGGCAGCAGCAGGGGAAGAUCCUCCAUGGUGCCCUGAAGGGCUUCCAAAAUGCUUGCAGACUUGCGGUGGAGUUUCGGAAUGACCCAUCAGCCUGGGAGAACCCCUUCACGGCUCCCAGCAGUGACAGUAAAGACACCCUGGAGACCUUCUCUGAGUUCCUCCUGAGCGCCUGCGACUCUCUCUGCAUCCCCAUCGUCAUGAGGCAUUUUGAGCAGGCCUCUCACCCCGCACUGAUGGAGACUUUCCUCUUGAUUCUGAGCAACUUGUUCGUCAUUGUACCCCACAUGAAGGAGAAAUUCUCCAAGAAGCUGGCUUCCUCCUCCUUCAUCAGACUGACCAUGGAGCUGAAGGCCCGCUUCUGCGGUGGACAGAGUCAUCCAGCCCUGAAUCAGGCAUGUUCCAAUUUCCUCCACUGCCUGUGCCUCAACCUCUUUUCAGCUUUGGAGAAGAAGGCACCACCACCCAGGGAGGGGUUCUCUGUGGUGGCCAGCAUCCUGUACCAGAGUCUGCCCCAGAUAAACACUGGAGGCCCCGAAAGCCUGGCACUCCUGUCUGAUGCCCUACAUGUGGAUGGAGCCACGCGCCAGCGCCAGUACUGCCUCAUUCUCCUCUUCUACCUUGGGUAUAGCCACAAGGACAGGUUUGUUCCAGAGGCAGAGUUAUUUUCAGCCUUGAGAAGCCUCCUCCUGUCCAUCCAGGACCAGGGAGAGAGUCCUCCUCCUGCAGUUUUCCAGGCAGUCCUUUACCUCCUCGUGGUGUGUCAGGACAAAGGGGAACGCCUAGAGAAGGCUCCGCUCAGUGCCCUAAGGAAGAUGCUGGAGGCCGUCCCAGAUCUCAGCUUGGUCUACAGCCACCAUCCAUAUACUCUCAAGUUUUUCCUGACAUACCCGGAGUUACUAAGCAGGUUUGGCCACCGAGUGCUAGAGCUUUGGUUUUCCUGGGAGGACCUGGCCUCCGAUGCCCCCUCCAGUGCUCCUGCUCUUCCAGACCAUGUUGAUCUCUUGCUGCACAUCCUGAAAAGUACUUCCAGCGUCCUGCUCAUCUUACUGGACCUCGUCUAUACCAGCUCUAUGGACAUAGCCCGAAAAGUGCUGAUGGUCCUGAGAGCCUUUCUCAAGAACAAUGAGGACAUUCAGGUGGGGAGCCUUCUCCGGGGGCACUUCCUGCAGAUCCUGCAGCAGCUGCUGCUGGAGAGUGGGGCUGCCCCACUGCAAGCCAGCAGUAACCUGCCCCUGCUGCUCAGCCUGCUCUUCUUGGUGCAGCCACGGGACGAGGCCCAGAGAGAGCUGGACAGCACCGAUCUGAAGCUGCUCCACCAGGUGAGUAACCUGUGUGGGAAGUGCAGCCUGGCCCAUGUGGAGAUCCUGCAGGCCUCCUUCAACUUCCUGUACUGGAAUCUCCAUCAAACUACCCCCGGCAGCCGGAAACGAGCAGUGGCCGUACUUCUGUCCAGUGCUCCUUUCCUCGUGUUGCUGCAGAAGACUUUGGGGCUCACGUGGACAGAGCCAGCCCCGACCUGUGUGCUCCUGGGGCCCUCCACAAAGGAGGCAGCCCUCCUCUGUUCAGCUUGGCUGCUCACAGCCUCCCUCUCCGCUCAGCAGCACCUUGGAGGGUUGGAGGUCCAUCAGACACUCACUAUUCAGCUGGAUAAAGUCUUGCAGGCCCUCACUUUGAGGAAGAAGAAAGCCGCUCUGUUCUCAGUCAGCAUCCUGCGCUUCCUCCGGACAAUCCUGGAGCAGAAAUUCUCCUCUGCCCUGGUGACGCUGGUCAGCACUACCCAUCCGGGGCAGUUGCCCUCUCCAGAGGAUGCAGCCCUGUCCCCACUGUCACUGCACCAGGUCUUGUCCCUUGUCAUCAGCCUACAGAACCUUCUGGUACAGAAAGACCUGCUGCUGUCCCAGGCUGUGGUUGGCUGCCUGGAGGCCCUGUUGGACUACCUACAAGCAAAGAGCCUGGAUGUCGCCCAGCACGUGGCCUCUCAACCCUGGAAUCGCUUCUUGCUGUUCACCCUCUUGGAUGCUGGAGACAAUUCUUUCUUCAGCCCAGAGCUCCUGCGGCUCAUGACCCUGUUUGUGAGGUUCCGGAGCAGAAACAUCCUUUCCCAGGAUGACUUGGGCCAUGUGCUGCGGGAGACAGCCAAGCUCGAGUUCUCGGAGCUCCCCAUGGCCACCCUGCGUGCCCUGUACAGCUUCCUCAGCCAGGUUCAGAGGACAGGCUCCCUGUCGGGCCCAGCAGGGUCCGCCACCAUCCCGGCCCUGCUGGAGGCUCUGUCGGAGAGGACUUGGACCCAGCCUCACCAGCAGGAUUUGGUGUAUCCUUUUCAGCACUGUGAGGGGGCUGGCUGGGCCUUCCCCAGAGUGCAGCCCCUGGAGGAGGCCGGGGGUGCCAUGGAGGCCUGUGGAGCCCCCUGGAUCCCUCUAAGCUUGUGGUUGUCCUCUCAUGCCCCCGCCAUCAGCUGCCUGGGAGGGGUGGCCGUGUCCUUCUCCCACAUCCGGGACUGA